AAAAUAAAAGGAAUAAAACGCUGACCGAGUCAGCGUUUUACCUCUGAAACUUAGUUUCGUAAAUAGUUUUGCCACGCGUCUAUUUUCGUAAAUUGUUUUUCAAUUAGGCCCAGUUUCGUAAAAAAUCCCACUAAACAAUACGAUGAUACCCAUGUUAAAAAAAAAAAAAAAAAAAAGGUAUGAAUUUGCACAGUUCUCAUACUUUGCAUAAGCAGUACCCUCGUAAAAUUGAAGCGAAGGGGAAAAAAAUGGCAAAAAGAGCUUCAAAAUCUACUACUUCAAAUUCAAUCAAUGGUGAAACAACUAAUACAACGCCUAAAAGAAAAAUUACAUUCAGGAUACCAUUAUCACAAAAUUCCUUGAGAAAAUCGAGGGAUGAAGAGGAAGGUGAGAAAGAAGCAAGAUCCAGUUCAUCAAAGAGGUCAAAAUCGUCUUUAAAGAAGAAAAAAGUUGAUCCCAAUAAACCCAAGAAGCCACCUACUGCAUUUUUCUUCUUGGAAGACUUCAGAAGAGGAUAUCAGGAUGAGAAUCCAGAGGUUAAAUCUAUGCGUGAUAUUGGAAAAGCUUGUGGAGAGAAAUGGAAGAUUAUGACUUAUGAGGAAAAAGUGAAGUACUAUGAUAUAGCAACUGAAAAACGAGCUAAGUUUGACAAGGCAAUGGCAGAAUACAUCAGAAGAAAGGAGAGUGGUGAGGGUGCAGAAUCUGAGAAUUCGGAAUCAGAUUUCAAUCUUGAAUAACAAAUUGUAGAAGUGAAGAUGAUAUGCGCAGGAGCAGUAAAUUGGUGCCAAAUAUGUCAGAAUGUAAGCUAGGAAGAAAAAAUGUACAUUGACUUGUAAGCGGUUAGUGAAGCUCUGCCUGUUAGAUAUGUAUAUGAUUUUUGUGCAGAUUAUUAUUUUGUAUUAAUCAGAACAAAUGGUGUGAUGUGGUUAUGUAGUAAGGACAUGUCAUUGAUGAGUGAAAAAUUCAUUGGGUGACCCAUAUUUCCUUGCUAAUUCAUGUCUUGGACCAUGUUUUAUGGUUUGAUGAUCAAGAUUCGAAUAUUUGAUCUUGUUCUGAAGGCAUAGAGUCUGAAUUCUUAUCAAGGAUUUGUUUCUUUUA